CAUUUAAAUGUCGUCUGUGUUUUGAUUGAAUGUUUUGGGCCUCGCAGCUGAUUUUCCAUGAAAAAGGCUUGAAAAAUCCCACAAAAAUUGUGAAACAGUGGAAUUAUCUAGGAAUUUUGAGUGAAUGUUCAGAAGGAAAGGCAAAGAAAGAAAUGCUCUAAAGAUGCCCGUCAAAGGGCAAGAUUUUGUGGAAAAAAUCCCAGAAUCCCUGCAACAAGUAGCUCUUGCCGUACCACCGAUUGGUGCCAAUUUUGACCCCGAUACUCCUCCAGAGACAGGAGAGCAGUAUCUCCAGCAGGUGAUCUACGAGAGAACACAAAGGGUCCCUGAAGUUGUCUACAAUCAUCACGAUCGUCCUCCGGAUAGAGUUGGAGUGAGCUGGGAAGCUGUAGGAAACACUAGCAUCACUAGUACAGCUCCAGAAGAUCUCCUGCCGACAAAAGAGUGGUGCGAAAUCCAAUGUGAGACUUUCAGGGAGCUUCAGGCCCGUAUCUCAUCAAUUCGCAUCUCAAAGAAGCUCCCAGUUAACCUUCCAAGUAUCCCUGGGUACUGUCCCAGUGAGUGGCUAGAUUUCUGCAGCCACCAAGCUCCUCAUUUGAAGUACAUGAUCCAGAUAAGUCAGGCACAGUUGGAGGAAUUGCUGCAUAACUUUGUGGAGUGGAGUCAGGAGGAAAAAGCUAAUCUCUGUGAAUCCUCCGGGGAUUCCUGGCUAGCUCAGUGGAUUUAUGCCACCAUGGCUCCGGCACACCUUUUAGUUCAGGAAAAUUUUAUAAAGUCAAAAUUCAUAUCCCUUUCUUUCUUUAAAGUUUUCAAUAUGUCUAUCCUACACUUUCACACUCCUCUUCUUCUUCUUUGAAACAUCACACCAAAUUUAACUUA